AUGGAAUUACUGCUACAGUUUAAAACUGUUACUGAACUCAAUGUCAUUGUAACGUCAACGUACAAGGAUCUAGUCAAGAGUGCACCAUCGAUUACAAAGCUCCUUCAAUAUCAAGUUACUUUAUUAGAGUUAUUCACAAAUCAAACGAGGAAGUUAGAAAGAACGGGAUACUGUGAUUAUGAAUUUGCAUAUAUAUGUUAUUCUGUGGCAUUGUUGUUGUAUGGUCAUAUUGAAAAUGAUGUAUCUAAAGAAUUCCAAUCUUCAUUGAAGACAUCUUUAAUCAAGAGAAGAGGUCAAUUUGAUAAUAUAAAGCAUUUCCUACAAGAUGCAUCAACCAGUGAAUCUGGAGAUGAAGAUCCUCUUAUGCAACGAUUUCAGAAGCUUAGUUCAGUACCAAAAGUGAAUUCAAUUCCAACUAUUGGUGGGUUUGAUUUAUACAAAUAUAGAGAUUUCAUAUCGCCGAAGGAAUUACAUUUUCUUAUAAAUCUGGUAACACAUGGGCAAAGUACAUUAUUAAUAGACUUUAGAGAAUCGAAAGAUUACAAUCAUAAUCAUAUAAACCAUUCAGAAAUCAUAAAUAUAGAACCCACCUUAUUAAAACUGAUCAUCGGACCUGAUGAUAAGAACUUGGAAACUUUGACUGAUCAAGAUUUAGAAGAGAAACUUAAGUUGCAUUUACCAAAGGAACAAUAUCAAAAGUUCCAAAGCAGAUACAAAUAUGAUUUAAUCGUCCUUUAUAAUCUUAAUUUUGGCAUCAAUUUCGUUGAUAGAAUAUCGGGUAUUAAAAGUUUCAUUUUAUCUGAUAGGACACUUAAUAAUCCCUUUUCAAAUUUGAUUGAAAUCUUAAUGUUCAAGAAUAAAUAUAUCAGUUCUCACCUUAGACGAUAUCCUAUCAUACUCGCAGGAGGUGUGUAUAAUUGGCAUGCCAUAUAUGGAGAUGAAUCACUUGCAAGAACACUACAAAGUCAAAUAUUGACCCAAUCUGUAGCAAGAUCUCCAUCUCCAUAUUUAAGAAAGUUUGGAGAAUACUUAUCAACUGCUAAAUCAACAUCAUCAACUCCAGUAUCAAAUUCAUUUUCUCCUAUACAGCAAGCAAAUACGGUUGUGGUAAGAGCUCCAUUGGCAACUACUGCCUCUAAUACAGCUGCUUCACCACCACCACCACCACAACAACAACAACAACCCAAAUUAACUCGUGCUAGUAGUUCGACGUUAACUGUUACCAAGGCUAAGGAACUGAAAGAAAAAGAAAAAUCAAAUAUGAAAUUCUUAGAACAAUAUGCUACAGGUUUGGUUAAUUUAGGGAAUUCAUGUUAUAUGAAUUGUAUUUUACAAUGUUUAGGAGCUACUCCCCAAUUAACAGCAUUUUUCUUUCCUAAUUUCAAUGUGUCAGGUGUGAAUUCUUAUCGUCAACAUAUCAACGUCAAUAAUAGAUUAGGUACGAAAGGUAUACUUACUAAUAACUUUGUUGGAUUGUUGGCGGAUAUGUUUAAGAGUAAUGGUGCAUCUUUCUGUCCUACCAAUUUUAAGAAAGUUGCUGGUUCUUUAUCACCAGGUCAACAAUUUGCUACUUUUGAUCAACAGGAUUGUAUUGAAUUCUUGAAUUUUAUUCUUGAUGGUCUUCAUGAAGAUUUAAAUCAAAUGGUGAUAUCCAAUCCUGAAGAGAAGAAAGCUGUUUCUGAAUUGACGCUUGAACAAGAGAAAACAAGAGAAUUAUUGCCGAUAAGAUUAGCAUCUACUAUUGAAUGGGAAAGAUAUCUUAAAUUAAACUUUUCCAUAGUAGUUGAUUAUUUCCAAGGUCAACAUCUUUCUCAAUUGAGAUGUUUAGAAUGUGGAUUGACAUCAACGACAUACAAUUCAUUUUCCAUAUUAUCCUUACCAAUUCCAGAAAAACUUGGAAGUACAUCUAAUAUCCUGUUGGAUGAUUGUUUAAAGGAAUUUGUUACAACUGAAUUAUUGGAUGAGAACAAUAAAUGGCAUUGUCCAAAUUGUAAGAAAUUUACCAGACUGACAAAGAAAAUAUCAAUCACAAGAUUACCCCAGGUCUUAAUUAUUCACUUCAAGAGGUUUAAAGUCUCACCUACUGGAUAUUUCAAUAAAAUGGAUACGUUUAUAAAUUACCCCGUUAAGGAAACAUUAGAUUUAACAUCAUAUUGGCCUGAAGCAGGAACUUAUAUAAAUGGCACCAAUAAAGAUUCCAUCACCAAGGAAAAGGAAGAACAAAUAUUAUCAACUUUGCCUACUAGAAAUCAAAUUCCACCAUUCAGAUAUAAGUUAUAUGGAGUUGCCAAUCAUUAUGGUAAUUUAACUACGGGUCAUUAUACCUCCUAUGUUUAUAAACAAAGUGACAAUAAGAAAACUAGAGGUUGGUGUUAUUUUGAUGAUUCGAAAGUGACUUACAAUUGUAGAGAAAGUCAAGUUCUUAAUAAAAAUGCAUAUUGUUUAUUCUAUCAACGUAUAUAAGAUAAGUAAAAUAAUAAAUA